AUGUCGAUGACAAAUAAUAUGUUAAAUAUUGUUGAAAAAGACGUUGAUAAAGCUAUUGAAUCAGUUCAAGAAUAUUAUAAUAAUAUUGAAAAUAAUAUUGAUAAUGUUAUUGAACAAAUUCAAAUAAUGAUUUCAAAUUCAACUGAUGAUCAAAUAAUAAAAACAAAUAUUCGUGAAACAAUAAAACCAUUUGCUAAACAAUAUAGUGAUAAACAUAAAGAUUUACAUGGUUCAAUAUCAAAAAUAGGUAAAACAAUUGAUAAAUGUUUUCAAUCAGAUUUUGGUAAUGUACCUAUAUUUGAAUUAUUUGAUAAACCUGAAAAAUUAAAAUUAAUUUAUAUGAUUAUAUGUGAAGAUUUAUAUCGACAAGGACGUAUGUCAAUAGCACAACAAUUAAUUGAAGAAACAAAUUUAAAAGAUAAUGAUUUAUUUAAUGUUGAAAAAAAUUUUUUAGAAGAAAUAAAUAUGAUUUUAGAAAAUUUACGUGAAAAAAAUCUUUUACCAGCUCUUGAUUGGUGUCAAAGAAAUAAAAAUGAAUUAAAUCAAACAGGAAGUUUAUUAGAAUUUCAUUUACAUAAAAUGCGUUUUAUACAAUUAUUACAAAUGGGAAAUUUUGAUGAAGCAAAAAUUUAUAUGUCAAAUUUAAGACAAUAUUCAAUUUUAAAUGGUCGAUGUGAACAAGCUGUUAAUGAAUUAAUGGGUGCAUUAAUAUUUGCUCAACGAGAUUUAACUAAAUCACCAUAUAAAUAUUUACUUGAACCACAUCUUUGGUUACAAUUAUCAGAAUUAUUUAUGCAACAAGCAUUUCAACAAGUUGGACUUUCACAAGAUAGUCCACUUUAUGUUGUUAUGAAAAUUGGUUUUCAAGCAUUACCUGCUCUUAUGAGCAUUGUAAAUGCUAUGCAAAAUACUCAAGUAUGCCAUAUAUUAUCCAAAGAUGAAUUACCAAUUGAAGUCGAUGUUGGUCAAGAACAUCGAUAUCAUAGUGUAUUUGCUUGUCCGAUUCUUCGACAACAAACAACAGAUCAAAAUCCACCAAUGAAACUUGUUUGUGGUCAUGUUAUAUCUAAAGAUGCAUUAAAUAAAUUAUCUAUACAAAAUAAACUUAAGUGUCCAUAUUGUCCAUUAGAACAAAGUCCGGCAGAUGCUCGGCAACUUUUCUUUUAA